UGUGCCACAGAACGCCGGAAAUCCAUGUGGAGUUUUUAUUUCUUUCGAGGCAGAAGAUUUUGUUUCUGGCUGUUGCUCGUCAAUUCUAUGCUACCGUCUGCAGUAUCGUACCAGUAGAUGCUCCUAGUUAGCUGUUGGAUUCAGUGGUCGUGAGUUCUGCUCUAUCUGGUUGGAAACUGUUCGAUUUUUCGGCGACAGCGGUGGAGGCAAGUAACUUCACAAACCUCAAAGUGACCACCUCCAGAGGGGAGCAUGGGUCGACCUUGAUGGUGGUUUGCAUUGAUGGUGGUGGACCUUGAUGUUGGUUAGCAUUGAUGGUGGUGGACCUUGAUGGUGGCCUUGUUAAGAACAAGAUAGCUGGCGGUGGAGUUUGAGUGGUUGUCAAUACAUCCGUGCAACGCCUUCUUGGCAGCAGGCAAUAGGUGCUUGCUGCAGAGUUGGUGGCUGGAUACCAUCACAAUUGGUAACGCCGAGGCUGAAUGUAACAUCACAUCAAGACACAACAAGACAGGUCCAGCAAUCACCUGACAACGGGGAUAUGUUUAGGAAGAGAUUCUCGAGUCCCAACACGAACAACCAUGAGGCUAUAACAUUGUCCCGCACUGCUGGCAAUACCAGUACUGGAACUGGUCUGAAACAAACCUCUGAGUUCUUCCCGGAGCUGUUCCGCAUCGGCAGCCCCAGUGGCAGUGAUACUAAUGGUAUGGAUGGUAGCACUGCUGGUGGUGGUGGUGGUGGUAGUGACUACGGCGGCAGUGGCACUCCACCACAACAUAGCCCCAAGAACGGCAGCAGUAGCACCACAUCUGCCGACGGUGCUAAGUCUGCCCCUAAAGGCAUACUGCUGCGCUCACAGUCCAUCCAUCACCGUGUCCGGUCAAUAGAAACGCCUGAUGAGGAUGAACUGGAUGGCUUUGUAAUGCUGCCUGAAAGGAAAUCAAGAAGCAAGACGAUAAGCCGUGCCUAUAUGCGCAAUGAUUCCUCAGCCUCUUCGGCCUCCGUGGAGUCUGUCUCGCAGAAAACAUCCAGAGUGGUGACAGCAUUGGCAUUAGCAUUGCCCGCUCGAUUACAUCGUGAUCACCAAAACCAGCGUCUGUGUGUCAUCUCCGAACUCUAUGAUACCGAGGUUACCUUUCUGAAAGGAAUGGACAUUACAUCAUCCGUGUUUGAAUCCAAACUAUCGCCGUUCCUCAAUACCAAGGAAAGGCAAACAAUAUUUAUGGACACAUCAUCGAUAUCGUUUGUAAGCGGUGAGUUUCUGCUGGCGUUAUCCGAACGACUUAAGAACUAUGAUGGCAAGCAAACAGUGGUUGGUGACAUCAUCUCCAAACUGGUACGGCUGUCGGCUGUGUUCAUAUCAGAUGAUCGUGUGAUUGUUACUAUGGUAACUCUGUCUACACGAAAGCCAGGAUAUACAGCAACUGUUGCUUAUGGGUGUCGACGGGUAUAG